GCGGGGGUUCACCGGGUCCGGACCAGGAGCAGAACCAGACCCAGAUCCAGUGCAGCGGGCGGGUAUUCACUGGGACCAGACUCGAACCGGACCAAACCCGGAGUAGGAUCAGGACCCCGUGGUGUGUGUAGUUGCCGCCGCCGCGGGAGCCGGGACGAUGGGGGCGGUGAUGGGGACGUUGUCCCUACCGACCAGACAGAGAAGACAUUCCCGAGACAAAGUAGAAGAUGAGCUGGAAAUGGCCACAGUCUGCCAUCGGCCCGAAGGUCUAGGACAGUUGCAGGCACAGACCAACUUCACCAGGAGAGAGAUCCAGGUGCUGUACAGGGGAUUCAAGAACGAAUGUCCCAGUGGUGUUGUUAAUGAGGACACUUUCAAACAAAUCUACUCUCAGUUCUUCCCACACGGAGAUGCCAGUAUGUACGCCCACUACCUAUUCAAUGCAUUCGACAGUGCACACAAUGGAUCCAUCAAAUUCGAGGACUUUGUGAUGGCUCUUUCAGUGUUGCUGAGAGGAACCGUUCAUGAGAAGCUGACAUGGACAUUUAACCUCUAUGACAUUAAUAAGGAUGGAUUCAUCAAUAAAGAGGAGAUGACAGACAUUGUGAGGGCCAUCUACGACAUGAUGGGAAAGUACACCUACCCAGUGCUGAAGGAUGAUGCUCCCAGGCAUCACGUGGACGUCUUCUUUCAGAAAAUGGACCAAAACAAAGAUGGUGUGGUGACUCUGGAUGAGUUUAUAGAAUCCUGCCUACAGGAUGAAAACAUCAUGAGAUCCCUGCAGCUCUUUGAAAAUGUCAUGUAACCACUCAGAUGCAGCAGAAGUGCUAU